CAUCUAAAAAAGACGCAGUAAUACUCAUAAUUUCAGCCGCGGUUUUCAAAUAAUUCUUUAAAAUAGACCAAAACGUUCUCACGUGGAGAAAAAAAUAGUGACAACGCGUCUUACUUGCUUGCAUUUAAACGCAUCGUUUUGCCCUACAGUAGCAGAAUGAGCGUUGCCAGGCAGCUCCGACUCUGCUCUAGGUUUGCUCUCCGAAGAAGUUUUUGCACAUCGCCGUGUACGACGAUGGCCUCCCGACACGGCAACACCAAGAGGAUCCAAGGACUCGACAAAAAUGUUUGGGUGGCGUUCACGUCGCUGGCAGCGGACCCUUCCGUAGUCAACUUGGGUCAAGGAUUCCCGGAUAUUUCGCUGCCGCCUUACGUCAAAGAUUCCCUGGUGCAGGCUGUGUCGGUGGACAAGAUGAAUCAGUACACGCGAGGCUUUGGACACCCGACGUUGGUGAAGGCACUCUCUCAAGUUUACGGCAAAGUGUACGGGCGCCCCAUCGACCCGCUCAAGGAAAUCCUGGUAACGGUAGGCGGCUACGGCUCCUUGUUCAGCACCAUACAGGCUCUGGUGGAGGACGGCGACGAGGUCAUCAUCAUAGAACCCUUUUUUGACUGCUACGUGCCCAUGGUGCGCAUGGCUGGGGCUAAACCUGUCCUGAUACCAUUACGACCUAAAUCCGGCAAGAAAAGCACAUCCAGCGCCGAUUGGUACUUGGACCCGGACGAGCUUGCCAGUAAAUUCAACUCCAGGACCAAGGCCAUCCUUAUCAACACUCCGCACAACCCCAUCGGGAAGGUUUUCACCAGGGAGGAGCUGCAAAUGAUCGCCGACUUGUGCGUCAAACACGACACACUGUGUUUCAGCGACGAAGUCUAUGAGUGGAUGGUUUACCGUGGAAACCAGCAUCAUAAAAUUGCAACCUUGCCCGGGAUGUGGGAUCGAACCAUCACCAUCGGCAGCGCAGGGAAGACCUUCAGCGUCACGGGAUGGAAGCUUGGUUGGUCAAUCGGCCCCGAACACCUCAUCCGCCACCUUCAAACCGUCAUGCAGAACACGCUUUACACCUGCCCGACGCCCCUUCAGGAAGCCGUGGCGCAAAGUUUACUCCUGAACUACAAGCUGAUGGGUCAGCCCGAGUGUUACUUUACGUCGCUAGCGGAGGAACUGGAGGGGAAGCGGGACCGCCUGGCCGCCAUCUUGGAGGAGGCCGGAUUGUCGCCAGUCAUCCCCGAAGGAGGCUACUUCAUGCUAGCUGACGUCACAGCGCUAAAUCAAGACCUCUCCCACAUGGACAGUGAUGAAGCCUAUGACUACAAAUUUGUCAAGUGGAUGAUUAAAGAAAAGAAACUGGCCGCCAUUCCCGUCACUGCAUUUGUCGGGGAGGAAUCCACCAAGUCCUUUGAGAAAUAUAUCCGUCUUUGCUUCAUCAAGAGAGACGAAACUCUUGACGCGGCGGAGCUCAUCCUGAAGAAGUGGAGGUCGUCUGAAAGCAGCGGCUAAGCUAUUUGUUGUUUUCAACCCGCAUUGGAGGUAAAAAAUAAAAUAAAAUUCUGCAUAUCUACUGGUAAAAACUGGAAGUUUUGCUUCCCCUUGGUAAAGAAAAAAAUAACCUAAUAAUUUUUACAUCCUCAAAACAAACAUCUGAUUUAGAAUCACUUGUUUUAUAUUGUGAAAAACCAACGACAAUAGUGAAACUCAAAGCAGUAUAUACGAGUGAUGACAUCACUCGCAACCCCUCAUAUACUAGAAAAUUAACCCGAAGUCUGUUGUGCUGUAAAAGUUAUGUUUUGUGCUGUCACGGUUUUGCAGUUUGUACAAAUGAUUAGGGUUGUCAAAAUUAUCGCGUUAACGGGUCUUAAUUAAUUUUUAAAAUUAAUCCUGUCAAAAUAUUUGAUGCAAUUAAUGCACAUGCCCCGCUCAAACAGGUUAAAAUGACAGCAAAGUGUCAUUUCCACUUGUUACUUGUGUUUUUUGGUGUUUUGUCGCCCUCUGCUGGCGCUUGGGUGCGACUGAUUUUAUGGGUUUCAGCACCAUAAUUAUUAUUGACAUCAACAAUGGCGAGCUACUAGUUUAUUUUUUGAUUGAAAUUUUUACAAAUUUUAUUAAAAUAAAAACAUAAAGAGGGAUUUUAAUAUAAAAUUUCUUCAACUUGUACUAACAUUUAUCUUUUAAGAACUACAAGUCUUUCUAUCCAUGGAUCAUUUUAACAGAAUGUUAAUAAUUUUAAUGCCAUCUUGUUGAUUUAUUGUUAUAUUAAACAAAUACAGUGCUUAUGUACAGUAUGUUGAAUGUAUAUAUCAGUCUUGUCUUGUCUUCUUUCCAUUCCAACAAAAAUUUACAGAAAAAUAUGGCAUAUUUUAGAGAUGGUUUGAAUUGCGAUUAAUUCAUUUUUAAGCUGUGAUUAACUCGAUUAAAUUUUUUUAUCGUUUGACAGCCCUACAAAUGAUUAAAAAAAAAAAAAAAAGUUUUUGAAAAAAAAAAAAAAAUAGUACACAAGUGUUUGUGACGUUUAGGGCUGCAGGUAUCGAUUAUUUAAGUAAUCGAUAAUCCAUCAACUAUUUAGUCCGAAUAAUUGGAUUUGGAAGAUGUAAUGUGUUUCAGAAUAAAAUGUUAGAAGAUGUAAAACAAAGGCUUGCUAAGAUUGCACUUUCAAAACAGCAUUAAAUGUGUAUACAAAAUAAAAUUCCCAAGUGUUUUUUCAAACUAUGCAGGAUUGCACUUUGAUUUCACAAUAGCAAUAAAUGCAUUUAAAAAUAAAUUAAAAUUCCUGAGGUGAGCCUCAAACGGUAUUAAAAAUAAUAAAGAAGUAUCGAAUUACAACAAAAGAACAAUUGGCUGAACAACUUGCAUAGCAAAAGGCGACUAGCUUAAAUGCUAUAAAAUGUUAACUUUUUUUUUUUUUGCAAUGCUCUUAAUAAAUCAUAGAAAUACUUAUUCCCACAAAAAAACAGAUUAAUAUACCUAUAAACCACAUUACGAAUGCAUGUAAACAACAUAUUGGCUUAAACAAAACUUUAUGUUGGUCUUAACAGGGAGCAGCUGGAUUUAGCAAUGUUAAAUGAGUUAUGUCAUAUGGACUGUUUCCACUAGAGGGCAGUGUAUACACCUAAAUCAAUAAAAUUAGUCACUAAACACUAAUGAAACAAAUCCUCAAAGCAGCAAAAUUUAAUUUGAAACUUUUUUGUAAUCGAAUUACUCGAAUCAAUAGAUUAAUCGUUGCAGCAUUAGUGACGUUAUAACGAAAAUAUAUAUUAAAAAAACAAAACAAAACUCUAAUGUCGUUUGUGGUGGUGGUGCCAUCGGUAAAAGAUAAAAUGUGCAAUAUCUAUCAAACCGUAGCAGCGCAAACCCAAAGUUGUGAAGUUUUUAACAAGACAAACUAAAAGGAACUUUUCCGGGUCGAGUAGGAGUGAGAGGGAUAUGUUGAACUUGUGAUGACCUGAAAAAAAAUUGUUAUAACUGUAAAACUGCAGCAGCACAAACUGAUUUUUUUACAGCACAAACCUAGCACGAACAAAUGGCACCAUUUGGGGUCCAUUUUGAAGUAAAUGGGGGGCGACUAGUGACGUCAUCACUCGAAAUUAAUAUCUCAAUAUCUGUGAAACGAUAACGGCACAAACGAUAGACAUACUCCUAAUAAAAUUUUUAGCAUACAUUGGAAUCAACUAUCUUAAAAGUAUUUCGCUGUGUUUGAAUGAAGCUGAAUAAUAUGCUAGUUUCACUGUUUGAACUGAAACAGAUAUAUAUAUAUAUAUAUACAUUUUAAUAUUUGUAAGUAAUAUUUGCGUUUUUCAAAUGAUCCAAUAUGAAAAUACUGUACAUCUUACUUUUUUCCCCUGUAAGAGGUCACAACAUUUUAUAAAUAAAACAUUCAACCACAUUUUUGUUGUUCAGUUUUGUUGUUUUGUUGCCGUUUUCAGGUGGUUUGAAUGAGAAUAGGUUCUGUCAACAAGGAAUCAACAAACCACUAGAGGGAGACAAAGCACAACACAUUGAAAAAAAAAAAUGCUAUUUUUCAUUUAGGAUUACUGUACUUUCUUUUUGAUUAAUCAGACUUUAUUGUAGCAAUUUAUAUCAUUAGCUUGGGCUGGUUUUUAUUUAGAAAACUUCACAAAAAUACAUGAGAUAUAGAGAAAAAUCAUUAAAUACAACGAUAGAUAAUACAAGGCAAUUAUUAACAAUAGUACAUGAGACAAUUUUUUUUAUAGAGGCUAAAUGAUCAUUUCAUUGAGGUAAAAUAACCUUUUGGACUCUCUCUUGUUCACUUUCUGUCAUCACAGAAACAGCAGAGGCGAGUAUAAAUAAUCAACUUGCUGUGAAUAAUCAACGUAUUUGGUGGCAAAGUGCUCAUUCGAUCCCCCUUGUUUCCGUGUGCGGCUAACGCCGCUUUGAUGAGCUGUUGCUUUAUUAAGUCAAAACUGCCGCUAAUCUGGGUGGCAGAUGGCCCACCUCGUGUUUAUCUAGCUAGAAGGAAAACAACAUAAGAAAACUUUAUCUAUGGCUUCAAGUUUAGGCCAGGG